AUGGUGGAGAAUGAGUCAAAUCGUCUUUCUCCCAUCACCCCAGAUGAUCAUGCUGGGAAGCUAUGGAUAGUGACUAUUCUGUCACUGAUCUACGCGUUACAUGUGGCUGUGGCGAGGUGCUACAUCAAAUACAGCAUGCUGGGCGUGGACGACGCGCUGUAUGGCGUGGCUGUUGUCAUGCACUUGGGCCAGAUGGUGGCCAUGUUUAUCGGCUUAGGCAACGGCCUUGGCAAGAAGAACCACAUCACAACUCCGGAGCAAUGGGCAGUCUCGUCAAAAUGUCUUAUAGCAUCGACAGUUUUCUUCCUUAUGACACUGACCUUUGCCAAAUGUUCAGUCCUUGCUCUCAUCCGACGCAUCAUCGACUGCAGACCCGGUAAAAGCGAACCAUUUUGCAUCGCCCUUAUGGCUAUCACUGCUAUCUGGGGCGUUUCAUCGAGUCUUUCUUUCCUCACAAAUUGCGAUCCUGGCAGUGUGUUGACUGUACACAAUCUCGAUCGAUGUCCACAUCAGAGGGGCCGUUGGUUAUCUAUCGCAUCACUCGACAUAGUGACGGAACUCCUGACACUUGCCCUCAUCGUCCAAUUGGUAUGGUCCGUCAAUAUCGGCCACAGUCGAAAGUGGCAGGUUGUCGCUGCCUUUUCAUUCCGUCUACCUCUUAUCGCUCUGACAGCCGUGCACGUCGCCUAUGCCAACAAGUACCCGCUCGCCGAUGAACCUCAAUUCGCGGUCACAAAAACCCUCAUGUGGCAGCAGAUCAUGGUUUCAUGGUCUCUUCUAUCCGCUACCUCACCCAACCUCAAGAGCUUCAUGUCCUCUUUCAACAUUGGUUGGGGAUUCCCCGUUGCCUUUGACGAGACGAAUGCAUACGCACGGAACUCGGUUGCACUGCAAGAUCUGGAGCUGGCCAAUAUUAGUUGCCCAGAGGUCACUACAUCAACUAUAUCGUCUGUUGCUUCGAUAUCAAGCUGUGGGCAACCUUGCAAUUGGAGACCUGACGUUAUUGCGCAUCAAGCAACAGUGACACAUGAGUGUGAGAGCACUAGUUUGGACAAUAUAACAGAGGAAGAGAUCUCUCGGACAGGCAGUCAUGAGAUAAUCAUCAACAAGGAGGUGACAUGGAAUGUCACAUACGAAAAUAGGCAGUGUUAG